AUGGGCUCCGCCGAUCGCAGCAAGGUACAUCCGUUGGCUCUCGUCUCCGCUCUCUCCUUUGCCGCCAUGCUCUCUGAUCUCUCCUCUGCUUCCUGCGACCCGUCGUUGCAGAUCGAUGGGAUCGUGGUGCCGGAGAAAGGCGCCGGGAGCUGCGUCGAAUGCCACGCCACCACCACGCCCAUGUGGCGCAGCGGCCCGACCGGGCCCAGGUCACUUUGCAACGCUUGCGGGAUUCGGUACAGAAAGAAGAGGAGGCAAGAGCUUGGCCUAGACCACAAGCAGCAGCAACAACAACAAAAUAAUGGUGAGGCAAAGACUGAAGUAAAAGACAGCUCUAGCAACAGCAGUAGCAGCGGGAGCAGCAACUUGCAGGUGGUGCAGAAACGGAGGCUCCUAAUGGGAGUGGAGGAGGCUGCUUUUCUGCUCAUGACCCUAUCUUCUUCGCCCACGUCCACAUUGCUACAUGGCUAA